AUAUGUUCUACCAGGUGGUUGAGUUACCCAUUAAAGGAAUGCAAUUAAGUCAAAACUUGUGAUAAUGGGACAACGGAGAAAUAUUGUUACGGGAUAUGUUUGUCUGUGCAAGUACAAAAAUCCUUUCAAAUCCAAAUAUUUACAGUCUCUCUGUUAUCUUCAAUAUGUUUCACAACAUCAUUCAGUACAUGUAAUAUUACUGCAAUUAUAAGCAUAUACAAUGCAUUCGGAAAGUAUUCAGACCCCUUGAUUUUCUCCACAUUUUGUUACAUUUACAGCCUUAUUAUAAAAUUGAUUAAAUUAGUUUUCCUUAUCAAUCUACACACAAUACUCCAUAUUGACAAAGCAAAAACAGAAAUACAGUAUUUACAUACGUAUUCAGACCCUUUGCUAUGAGACUCUAAAUUGAGCUCGGGUGCAUCCUGUUUCCAUUGCUCAUCCUUCAGAUGUAUCUACAACUUGAUUGGAGUCCACCUGUGGUCACAAGGUGGAUUGGGGAAGGGAACCAAAAAAUGUCUGCAGCACUGAAGGUCCCCAAGAACACAGUGGCCUCCAUCAUUAAAAAUAAAUAAAGUUUGGAACCACCGAAACUCUUCCUAAAGCUGGCCGUCCAGCCAAACUGAGCAAUUAGGGGAGAUGGGAGUUGGUCAGGGAGGUGACCAAGAACCCGAUGGUCACUCUGACAGAGCUCCAGAGUUCCUCUGUGGAAGAUGGGAGAAACUUCCAGAAGGACAACCAUCUCUGCAGCACUCUGCUAAAUCAGGCCUUUAAGGUGGAGUGGCCAGACAGAAGCCGGUCCUCAGUAAAAGGCACAUGACAGACAAAAGGCACCUAAAGACAGAGUGUGAGAAACGAGAUUCUCUUGUCUGAUCAAACCAAGAAUGUACUCUUUGGCCUAAAUGCCAAGCGUUCCGUCUGGAGGAAACCUGGCACCAUCCCUACGGUGAGGGGUGGCAGCAUCAUGCUGUGGGCAAGUUUUUCAGCGGCAGGGACUGGUAGACUAGUCAGGAUCGAGGCAAAGUACAGAGAGAUCCUUGAUGAAAACCUGCUCCAGAGCACUCAGGAGCUCAGACUGGGGCGAAGGUUCACCUUCCAACCGGACAACGACCCUGAGCACACAGCCAAGACAACGUAGGAGUGGUCCUAGUACCCCUGGUUGAGAACCACUGCUCUCCUGUCAUGUCCUUUCUCAGCCUCCGUACCUUCUGUUGUCCCCGCCCCUUUGUUUCUUUUCUCCUCGAACGUGAACAGGUCGCGUUUGAAAAGCUAGCUAGCUAAUAGUACACUGCUAAAUACAGGGAAAUAUUUUUUCUUCAAUCGAGCUGGUGACCAUACAAGAUCUGGUGUUCUGAGACUCCAGUUCUAGAAGACUUGUGAAUAAACACAGCCCUCUUGGCACACACUGAUUUGAAUCGGCGUUGUUUUCACAUUUUAAUUCAAUUACUUUGAACCAACACGGAAUAGACCUUGAAUUGACGGUCUGUGCCCAGCGGGAGGAGAGACACAUCAAACUUGUGACGGCUCCAUUCAAUUACCCAGGUUUAUUUAUUAUUGCUGUUUGUUUUUUUUUUUUUACCAAGAAACAUUCUAACUCGACAGACAAUAUGAGUCAAAAGAAGGGAACGUUGAUGGAUGAAAUCGAAAAGAGUUUAUGGAAUUUAACCGAGGACAAUUUACGCUCCCUUUGUGAACGUUAUGGCCAAGAUGCAUCCCAAGUUAAAGGAUUGGAUCACCGCUCGCUGCGGCGUAAAAUCAUGGAGGAAAUGUGGGACAAUACGGAUUCAAUGAAAUCGGUGGAGCAGGGAACGUCUUGGUUAGUUCAACUGAUAGAGGACAUCAGGAGGAUACAGGAGGAGGGUAGUGGUGCACCCGUGAGUCCCAGCAAAGCCGAUGAGGGAGGGGCUGGGUUACCUAGCAACAGGUUGGAGGUGGAACCCGUGAGUCCCAGCCAAUCGGAUGAAGAAUGGAAUGGAGAGGGAGGGGCUGGGUUACCUAGCAACAGGUUGGAGGUGGAACCCAUGAGUCCCAGCAAAGCCGAUGAAGAUGAUGAUCCUGUAGAUUGCGAUGAAGAAUGGAACGGAGAGGGAGGGGCUGGGUUACCUAGCAACAGGUUGGAGGUGGAACCCAUGAGUCCCAGCCAAUCGGAUGAUGAUAAUGACGCUGCAGACUGUGACGCAGGGGACACGGAUUGGUUGCCUAGCAAUGGGCUGGAGGCAGAGUCCACGAGUCCCAGCCAGUCCGGUGAUUGUGAUGCUGCAGACUGCGAUGAAGAAUUGGACAGGGAGGUCAGGGAUGGGCUGGAGGUGGAGUUAUCUCCAGAGAAGCAUACACCAGAGCAGAAGGACAAGCGUCGCCCACCGAAGACCCUGUGUCGUGCCUCUCCCAGUACCUCCUUAAUUUGGGGUCUGAAGAGGGUGUCUGUGCAGCUGAUGGACUGCAGGAAAACACCGGGGCAGAAAACCUCCAAGAAAACCCACUCCUGUGCUCAGUGUGGGAAGAGUUUUGCCACAAAAGACAUUCUGGAGCGACAUCUGCUAACUUACACUGGAGAGAAACAGAAGAAUAUAUGCGCUGAAUGUGGAAAAGUAUUCAGUACAUUUUCCAGCCUUACCAGGCAUCUGAAAACUCACACUGGAGAGAAAUGUCAUGUUUCUGAAACCACAUGCUCUGAAUGCGGAAAGACAUUCAGUACACAUUCCAGUCUUAGGAGACAUCUGCUAACUCACACUGGAGAGAAACCGUACGUUUGCCCUCGUUGUAAGAAAGGUUUCAAUGAUCCAGGAAACUUGAAGAAACACAUCAGGAGAGCUCACCCAGGAGAGAAGUUGGGUGUGGAGAGGCUCUACCGUGAACCGUGUCCUCACUGUGGGGAGAAGUUUCCCACAAAGAAGGCUUUGGAGGAACACCUGGUAACCCACACAGGAGAGAAACCUCACCAGUGCUCUGACUGCGGGAAGGGAUUCAAGGAAUUGUCUAGUCUUAAGAGGCAUCUGAGAACUCAUACUGGGGAGAAACCAUACAUUUGCCCUCGUUGUGGCAAGCCUUUUAAUGAUCCAGGAAACUUGAAGAAACACAUGAAAAGAACUCACUCCGGAGAAUAUUCCAAAGAGAAACCUUCCGAAAACAAUGUUGGUUCUUCAGAACAGGAGACCGUAAAGAAGCCAGUCCUUCAUCCAUGUUCUCACUGUGGGAAGAAGUUGUCAACCAAGACAAGACUAAAGAUUCACCUGAAGAACCACACUGUAGAGAAAUCUCACAUCUGCCCCGACUGCGGGAAGAGCUUUGCUUUCCGUCCCUCCUUGACCAAACAUCAGAAACUUAGUCAUUCAGAGCACGGAGGAGUGAAACGGCACGAAUGUUCAGUCUGUGGGAAAGUCUUUAAUCAACCAGGAGCCUUGAGGUCCCAUCAAAGAACCCACACUGGAGAGAAACCUCACCUCUGUGCUGACUGUGGGAAGAGUUUCUCUUUUCAGUCGUCUCUGAAAAGACAUCAGGCACUUCACGCAGCAGGUAGUGCGAAGCCCCACAUGUGCUCUGUCUGUGGGAAAGGCUUUAGAGAUUCUGGAUACUUAAUAAAACAUCAAGCCAUCCAUUCGGAAGAGAAACCUCACCUCUGUUCUGAUUGUGGAAAGACUUUUGCAUCCUUAUUUACCUUAACGAAUCAUUCCAAAUUGCAUCGUUUAAACAGAGACCAAUUCCAAUGCCCUGAAUGCAAGCGCCAUUUCCCAACAAAGGAAAGGCUGACAAGCCACCAGAGAACGCAUACCGGGGAGAAACCAUUUCGCUGCUCCCAAUGCCACAAACGCUUCUCUCACUCAAGUAGUUAUCAAAGGCACCUUCGUAUGCACACUGGGGAGAAACCCUUCAUUUGCCCCCUUUGCGGGAAGCAAUUUAAUGACUCUUCAAAUCUUAGAACACAUGUUAGAAGACAUAAAGGAGAGAAGGUAGGCAAGACACAGGUCUCUGAGCCAUGCCCUCAAUGUGGGAAGAGGCUGGCUUCUAAGGCAGGGUUAGAGACUCACCUGCGGACCCACACUGGAGAGAAACCUCACCUCUGCGCCGACUGCGGCAAGAGCUUCGGCUUCCACUCAGCUUUGAGAAGACAUCAGAAAACGCAGCACGGAGAGCAAGUAGCGAAGCCGCACGUCUGCUCUGUCUGUGGAAAAGGUUUCAUGGAAUCUGGAGCGCUGAAGAAACAUGUGGUGACCCACGAGGAGAAACAGCACCUCUGUCCCGACUGCGGGAAGACCUUCAGGGUGGUCCAGGCCUUGUCAAAUCAUCAGAGAACCAAGCAUCAAAAAACGAACAAGGAAGUAAGAGAGAAGAAUCCGUUCCUGUGCCUUACUUGCGGCCAGGAAUUCAAUUCAAAGCAUAGAUUGGUAAUCCACGAGCGAAAGCACACAGGAGAGAAGCCUUACCAAUGCUCCCAUUGCGACAAAUGCUUCACUGAGAAGUCAUACAUGAAACGUCACCAGACUGUGCACACGGGAGAUAAACCUUUCCAAUGCUCCGUCUGCGACAUGAAGUUUUCGCAUGGUGCAUCUUUAAUACGGCACCGCCUAAUACACUCAGGUGAGAAACCGUACCACUGCACUUACUGCGACAAGAGUUUCUCUCAGUCAAAUACGCUGAAAACACACAUACUAACGCACACCGGAGAGAAACCGUACCAGUGCCCCGACUGCGGGAAGCGUUUCACUGAAAAGAAAGCCAUGAAGAAACACCAGCGCAACACACACAGCAACACACACGGGUCAGGGGAACACAACUCUGCUUUCUCUUUGCCUGGUAAAAAACAGGGAUUGAGUCAAGACGGGAGCCCUCGAGCAAAGCUGUACCAAUGCCCUGACUGUGGCAAGUGUUUCUCAGAGAAAAGAGCUCUAACGAAACACCAGAAGACACACAGGAGAGACAGCGCCCCCUAUUGGUCCGGUAUACUGCAGCGAUGGAGUCAAGACCCGCAACACUCUAAUACUGACUCAGACUCUGACCAAGACCAAGACUGGACCUCUUUAUAAAGACUCAGACCAAGACUGGAGAGGCUCAGACCAAGACUGGACCUCUUUAUAAAGACUCAGACCAAGACUGGACCUCUUUAUAAAGACUCAGACCAAGACUGGACCUCUUUAUAAAGACUCAGACCAAGACAGGAGAGACUCAGACCUCUUUAUAAAGACUCCGACCAAGACAGGAGAGACUCAAUCUCUUUAUAAAGACUCAGACAGGGCCUCAGUAUUGACCCCCAGUCAGAUGAGCCCAGGACCUCGUUUAAACAGGGCAGAUAGGAUUGUAUUGUCUUGUUUUGGCCAGCAGUUCUUCAGGCUUUUCCCCUUCUUCACACUAUGUCAACCUUCAGUAUGCGAAUUCUGCUUUAAAGCAAUUUUGUUUCGUUGCGUGUUGUAUUGAGACUUUUCUCAAUUAUAUAACAUAAUAUAUAUAUAUUUUUUAAAGAGCAUGAGAAGAUCAUUUGGUUGAAAACACCAAGAUGAUGAGAUCAACACUCCAUCUUCGGUAUAAACAAGCUGAGGGAUGGGAAUGGGGGGGAAAACAACCUCAAAUUCAUAGACAUGGCAACAGAAAGCUGCCCAUAGCAUUUUACACAGCUACCAUUUACAACCAUUGGAUUUUAAAAUGGAUUCAUUGAUUAUAUUCUUUGUCCUUGAAGAUAACAUUUCCACAACUCUUUAGAAACAAGCGCCCCUCCACCACACACAUACCUAAGAGACUCAAUGAACUUAAAGGAUACUGACAUGUUUCACAGUUGUGUAUAGCAAAUCAUGUUUUUGUUUUACAUUUUUAGGGCUCAGUUUCGAUCAGAUCCACUUUAGUGGUGUCAGAGGUAGAACUGCGUAAGAGCUGUCAAAUCCAUAAGCGGCUCCUGGCAUUAUACCUAAAACAUAACUAAAGCGGACAUUGCAAUCGGUUUUGCACAGUCACAGAAAUCCCAUGCAGCCCUUGUUUAGACGUUGGAACCACUGAAAUAGACAUGGCAACAGAACACUGAAAUAGACAUGGCAACGGAACACUGAAAUGUGAUGUAAUCUACAGCCCGUUGAAUGAUUUUGAAAUCCGAGUGUAUUCUUUCUAUGUAUAGUCGACAGCUCCAACAGUUCCCCCUCAGACGCCACCAAAACAUCCGCCACGUCGGUUGAUGAUCUCAUUGAAUCUAGGCCUAAGUGUACACACUUUGGCAGAUGAUAUUGAGGAAUGUUGUGUUUCGAAAGGCUGUUUUUGAGUCUUAUGGAAAAACAUCAUGGAAACCGUGACAGUAAACGUGUUUGAACUGAA